CUAUGUGUCAAUUUUUAUGCCACAGAUGAAUCACGUUGGCUUUGAUAAUCUUGAUCAAUCAACUGAUUCCUUUUUGAUUUUGUUUAUAUUUUGAAUUUAAUUGUAAAACAAUAAAAUGACUUCCAUACUUAUGUUUUAUCAUCUUGUGGUUGCUUCGAGUGUAACAUGUCUCAAAUUUCUUUUAAUGCCAUCAUAUUAUUCAACUGACUUUGAAGUUCACCGAAAUUGGCUUGCCAUCACCAACAACAAACCAAUAUCACAAUGGUAUACCGAGUCAACUUCACAAUGGACUCUUGAUUAUCCACCUUUAUUUGCUUGGUUUGAAAUGGGUCUCUCUUUGGUUGCACCUUUCUUUGAUCCAAAAAUGCUUAGAAUCAGCGCUAAACCGUAUUCAAGUUAUUAUACGAUAUUUUUUCAACGUCUUACGGUUAUCGUCACUGAUUUGAUUUUUGUUUACGCGGUCUUCCAAUGGAUUAAGUUACUCAAGAACAACAAGCAUUUGCAAAGAUAUAAGAUUAGAGAUGAACUUUACCAUCCAGCAGUUGUCCUAUCAUUUCUAUUUCUCUGGAACCCUGGUUUGCUUAUUGUUGACCACAUUCAUUUCCAAUACAAUGGACUUUUGAGUGGCAUUUUGUUGCUUUCCUUGGCUCGAAUGGUUGAAGAAAAAUUCAUCGAAUCUGCCUUUUGGUUUUCAAUUCUUCUCAACAUGAAGCAUAUCUAUCUUUACGUUGCCCCAGCUUAUUUUAUUUACCUCCUGAGAGUAUACUGUUUUGACAAGGAUUUAAAAUUCCUUCGAGUCAAUUUUGCAAAAUUAUCAAGCAUAGUCGGUGGAAUUUUCAUCUUUUCUCUUGGACCUUUUAUUGUAAUGGGACAAAUGAAACAACUUUUUGCUCGCCUCUUUCCUUUCGGUCGUGGUCUGACUCAUGCUUAUUGGGCUCCAAAUUUUUGGGCUUUAUACAACGGAGUGGACAAAGUGCUUUCUAUUUUGUUAUCAAGAAAAGCAGAAAAUGCAGCUAUGACUGGUGGUCUUGUAAAACAAUAUCAACAUGCAGUCUUACCAAGUGUACCACUUUUUAGUCCCACUAUAAUUUCAUUUCUAUCUAUGGUUCCUAUUCUCGUUCAAUUAUGGAAAAAAUGUGACCAACAAGGCCAUUCUCCAACUCUCUUUAUCCGAUCAGUGAUUUUAUGUGCCUUCUCAUCUUUUAUUUUUGGCUAUCACGUUCAUGAGAAAGCCAUUCUUAUGAUAAUCUUACCGCUUACACCUUUGGCAUUGAUAUCUCCAAUGGAUGCCAACAUUUUCUUCAUGCUCUCCUCUAUUGGCACCUAUUCUCUUUUCCCGCUCCUCUUCAAAACUGGUGAAACACCAAUUAAGAUCUGUCUUCUUCUUCUAUAUAGUAUCUACAGCUACCAAGCUUUAACCAAAAUUAAUUUCUUCGAUAAACCAGGAGCAGCAAGUCUACUUCUUCCAACUUUGGAUCGCCUUUUCCUUCUUGGAAUACCUAUUCUUCAACUUUACCAAACAUUGGGUCCAUAUGUUAUUCCUUUCUAUGCCAAAUUACCCUUUUUACCUUUACUUCUUACUUCGACCUACUGUGCUUUGGGUGUCGUGUAUCUUUAUGUCAAAAGCUAUUUGCUUACUUUCAAGUUGAGAAACGUUGAAGAGUUCUGAUUGUAUUAGUCAAGAUAAUGGAAAAUUCAUAAUGGCAUUGAUAAUUUAUCCUUUUCAUUGUACUCAACGGUAAUCACUGCCUUGCAAUACUUGUAUAGCUAAAACAAUACUUCUUGAAGCUCUCAUAAGGAAAAUCAAUUAAAUUGGACAAUUAAAAGUCAACUUAUUUAACAAAAUAAA